AUGACCAGCCAACCCCCAUCCCCUCUUCCGUCCAAAUACAACCACUCUCCCCACCUCCACCAAUACGCCCUUCCGCUCUCAACCUUCCGCACCUCCAAUCCCCAAUACACGCAUUUCGUAGUCGGCGGCCUCAUCUACUCAUCUACAUGCAACACCAACAAUCCACCCACCAAUUCACCCACCCAACAAAACCCACCAACAUGGGUCCUCCUCCUCCAACGCUCCCAACACGACUCCCUCCCAGGCUUCUGGGAAGGACCCGGCGGUCUCUGCGAAGAAACAGACAAUUCGAUCCUCUCAGGAGCAGCGCGCGAAGUCUACGAAGAGAGCGGACUCCAUGUAUCGCGAUUCGUGGAUCUCAUUGCAGUGGAUGAAUGGACGAGAGUGAAGAGCGACGAGGUGGUUCGGGCGGUGAAGUUUACGUUUCUGGUACAGGUGGAGGAGGAGGCGGAGGGAGUGGGGUGGGAGCAAAGGGUGAAGUUGGAGCCGGAGGAGCAUGAAGAGUAUGUUUGGGCGACAGAGGAGGAGGUCAAGCAUGGGGUGGAGGGGAAUGAGGGCAAAUUGAAGUUUGUGGGUGAUCAGGGGAGGACGUUGUUAAAGGGAUUCGGGUUAUUUGAGGGGAGGGUGUGA